AUGGAUCCCUUGAACCCAGCUCGUCAUGAUCCUUUCAGUGAUGAAAGCGAUGACUUUCCAAUUGUAAACCUCGAAGAGGUAGACUCGCUGGAUGCAAUUGUCAUCAUUGACAAUGAGCUGGAUCCGCUCUCGCCCCCGGCGCCAGGUACCGUGCAGGUCACUGGAAACCUGGGAACUGUCGCCAUGAUGUCCCAACACAAAUUGAGUGACCGCGGAGGCGCCUGGAAGGAAUUAAGAUUGGAAGACGUCUGCUGCUCAGCUCAUGGCCUGUCAAUUCUUGUCACAGCCACCAAAGGCGAUAAGAAACAUGCUAUUCUCUUUGAUGCUGGUCCUGAGGAGGAUGCAUGGGAACGAAAUGUGAAACGACUUCGACCGAAUCUCUCCUCGGUGGAAGUCAUCCAACUAUCUCACUGGCAUCGAGAUCACUCCGGUGGUCUCCCUCAAGCUAUCCGCAUGAUCAACGAGGCCAAAAAAGCUCAGGGCCGCUCCGACGAGAUCAUCGUGGACUUGCAUCCCGAUCGGCCGGUAUACAGAGGUAUUGCUCUGCCGGAAGUGACGAUAUCCCUUGAGGCAGAUCCGACCUUCAAGGAAUUAGAAUACGCAGGGUCAUCUGUUGAUAAAAGAGCUGAGCCACACACCGUGUUGGAUAACUUCUUCCUCAUCUCAGGGGAGAUCCCUCGAGUAACACCGUACGAGACAGGUCUGCGAAAUGCAGUACGAUAUGACCCCGAUGAGAAUGAUUGGUUCUCUGAUGAAAGUAUAACCGAUGAGCGGUCUCUCAUCUGUAGCUUGAAGGACAAGGGCCUGGUCGUCUUCACAGGGUGCAGUCACGCAGGUGUAGUAAACACAGUGAAGCACGCUGUACAACUGACUGGCGGAAAAGCCCCUGUCCACGCCGUAGUAGGCGGAUUCCAUCUGGCCAUGAGUGAACCAGAUCAGAUCGAGAGCACAGUAACCGACUUAAAGAAGCUCGAUCCAGCCGUCCUCAUGCCAGGCCACUGCUCAGGCUGGCGCGCCAAGUUCGCCAUUGAGAAACAUAUGCCAGGUUUGAUGGUCCCGUGCACUGUAGGAUCGAGAAUCGCGUUCUGA